AUGGUUCUUUUACAGGAGGUGAUUGAAAGUAAGCCUCCCCGAAGAAAAUGGGCUCUGCUUGUUGCCGGAUCCCAAGGGUAUAUUAACUAUAGGCAUCAAGCGGACAUCUGUAACGCUUAUCAACUUCUAAGAGGAGGAGGCCUUCAAGAUGAGAACAUAGUUACUAUAAUGUACGAUGAUGUAGCCUAUCAUCAAAUUAAUCCAAGGCCUGGCACACUAAUCAACAGUUCUUCUGGGAUUGAUGUCUACAAUGGUGUCCCAAGGGACUAUGUCGGGGAAACUGUAAAUGUAGACAAUUUGCUAGAUGUGUUUCUUGCUCGAAACCAGAUUGCUCUUGCUGCUGAAGGAUCCGGCAAGAUGAUUGAUAGCGGACCUGAGGACACGAUUUUCAUCUACAUAUUAGGUCACGGUGCGCCACAGAAACUGUUCAUGCCGAAUGGUGAAGUAUUGGAUGCUGAGACGUUGCAAGCAGCUAUUAACUUGAAGUUUCAGCAAGGACACUACAAGAAUAUUCUAAUUUUCGUUGAAUCAUGCUAUUCUGGGAGCAUGUUUUAUGAAAUACUGCAACCUGGGAUGAAUGUAUAUGCCAUUACGGCAUGCAAUCCGUUAGAAUCCUCUUAUGGCCACUAUUUCCCCAUGGAUGGUGAAAAUGGCCAACCCCCUGGUUACAAAAUUUGUCUUGGAGAUAUAUUCACUUCUUGCUGGAUAGAACGUUGUCGUAAAGAAGAUAUGACAACGGAAACGUUAAACAGACAUUAUGAGUUGGUGCGAGAAUGCAGUUUGAGAAUUGGAAAACAAACUUCUCCAAAUUAUAUACAGCACGUGACACAAUUUGGAGAUCUGGAAUCCCUAGGAAACCAGACGAUGGCAACAUACAUCGGUGGUGGUUCAGCUAGAAAGUCACAGUUAGCUGAGGUUGAAUCUGUUAAGGCUAUCAAACAGGCUGGGUUACAAAGAGAAGUUGAGUUGAAGAAAGCUUUGUCCCGGACUGAGAAAUUGAAGGCUGAGCAUCUUAGUAAAGCUAGUGUGGAGUAUGAUGUCCAGGUCCAAGAGGCAACCUGUGAGGUGUGCAAGAAGCAGAAACAAGCAGAAGCUGUUUUAUUUGGGAAACAAAACUCAGUGGAGGCUCAAAAACUUGCUGCUGAAGCCCAAUUUUUCGCACAACAACAGGCUGCUGAUGGAGAAUUAUACGCAAAAAAGAAAGAAGCUGAAGGAAUGGUUGCUGCAGCAGAAGCACAAGGAGUUUAUAUUCAAAGUUUGUUGAAAGAAUUUGAUGGGAACUACGCUUCAUUGAGAGAUUAUCUGAUGAUUAGUGGUGGAAUGUUUCAAGAAGUUGCUAAGAUCAAUGCAGGUGCUGUUCAAGGUUUGCAGCCAAAGAUCAGUAUAUGGACUAAUGGAGAUGGUUCCUCUGCUGGAAAUGGUAGCCCUACUGAAGGUGGAUUAGCUACAGGAGUCAUGAAAGAAAUUGCAAAAGUGUACAAGACGUAG